UCCGUGCAGGACCCGUAAGAAUAACACCUUAGGGGUUUGCACUGGUCCCACAAGAGGCUGGUCCUGGUGCGCUUCGGGCCGCCUCCGCGGCGCCCUGAGCCCGAGGACCGGCCAAGUUUGGCCCCGCAGCGCCCAGAACCCCGAGCCCGCUGGCGAACGGAGAAACAACGUUGGUUCCAUGGCGCCGCCUGGGACUCCGCUCCUCGCUGGCGGGCAGGGGGGGAUUCACCCAGAGCGAGGGAAGCCGGGCGCCUUGAGCUUCGCGGACGUGGCCGUGUACUUCUCCCCGGAGGAGUGGGGGUGUCUGCGGCCAGCUCAGAGGGCCCUGUACCGGGACGUGAUGCGGGAGACCUACGGCCACCUGGGCGCGCUCGGACUCGCAGGCCCCAAACCCGCCCUCAUCUCCUGGAUGGAGAGAAAGAAGGAAGCGUGGAGCCCGGAGGCCGAAGAUCCCGAGGACGUGCUGAGGCACCCAGGAUCUGGGAUAGAAAGCAAGAAAAAGAAGAAUGAACACAGCAGCAACAUAGGGGCCAAGGAGUCUGAGGACGCUCCUGUGGAGAACGGGCCACCGACGAAGGGCAGGCUGGGUCCUGGUUUGAGAGACUGCAGCCGUUCAGUGCCUCAGGUCUCCACAGACACGGGACCCCAGGGCACCGAGACUCCCAAGAGGCCCUACCCCUGCCUGGAAUGCAACCGUUCUUUCAGCUACCCCUCCCUCCUCGCCAGCCACCAGCGGGUCCACUCUGGGGAGCGGCCCUUUCCCUGUGACCAGUGCGGACGUUGCUUCCGCCAAAGAGGCAACCUGUCUGUCCAUAUGCGCGUACAUACAGGGGAGAAGCCCUUCUCCUGCCCGGACUGUGGGAGGCUCUUUGCCUACCCCUCGAUGCUGGUCAGACAUCGGCGAAUCCACUCUGGAGACCGUCCAUAUGUCUGUGGGCCUUGUGGGGUUCAGUUCUCCCAGAGGGCUCACCUGGUCCAGCACCAGCUGCUUCAUACAGGGGACAAGCCUUAUUCAUGCCCGGAUUGUGGCCGCUGCUUCCGCCAGACAGGGGCCCUGGCCGUCCACAGACACAGACACGGUGGGGAGAAGCCGUACGUGUGUACCGAGUGUGGCCGCCACUUUACACAUCCUUCCCUCUUGGCCAUCCACCAACGCACCCAUACUAGGAAGAAGCCCCAUAUCUGUUCUGACUGUGGUCGGGGCUUUGCCUACCCCUCCCUCCUGACCAAUCACCAGCGGGUCCACUCUGGUGAGCGCCCCUACCCCUGUGCCCAUUGCAGUGCCCGCUUUGCCCAGCAAAAUAACCUGCUGCAGCAUCAGCUCAUUCACACAGGCGAAAAACCCUACGAGUGCCCUGAUUGUGGCCGCUGCUUCCGGCAGAGUGGCUCUCUGGCUAUCCAUAGGCGCACACAUACAGGGGAGAAGCCCUACUCCUGCCCCGAGUGUGGGCACCAGUUUACCUCUUCAUGUGUCCUCAACAGUCACAGGCGCAUCCAUUCUGUUGAGAGGCCCUUCCUUUGUUCCCAGUGUGGGAAAACCUUUAAACGAAAGAGUGCCCUGGAAGCCCACCAUUGGAUCCAUCGUACGUGCAGGACAAGUCGGAGGGCUGCCGGACCUCUGUUACCACCUCCAGCCCAAGCUUCUGUCCCUGAGGGUCAGGAACCGUCAGUACGCUUCCGACCUUUUCCUGAUGGGUUCCAGUAGCGCGAGUGUCUGAGUUCAGCAAUGGGAAUGAGCGAAUGUUUUAAGAUUCUCCCUCAAGUGUUGGGAAGGAGGUGCACGAAGGGCAUAGGAGGGAUAGGAGAGGGGAGGAAAAUGGAAUCCAUCAAAAAGGAGAUGAUGGGGGCUGAGCCACAUCUAGAGUCUGUGAGUGACCUGGGAGCUGAGAGGGAGGACAUCGAGAGGGAAGAACCUUCCAGAAAAAGCACCAGUCUCCUCCACUCCGCUCUCAGCACCAAUUGCUGACCUCCAACCUUUCAGCUCCCAGUUUCCCCUAAUUCUAGAGCUCAGGCCAUCAAAUCUCAGUUUGGACCAGGAGCCACAAUAUAAGAGGAGGAUCAUAGGGUUUGAACUAGUUUAUCCCACGUUCAAUCUUGGCUCAUCGCUUGCAUCAUCAUCUCUCUAUAAAAUAAGUACAUUAAUCCGGCCCCCAAGG